UUUUUUCGGGUUGACCGUCCCAUUCUCGUGAACAUAAUAUCUCAGGAACACCUGGAGGGAAUUUGUUUGGCACAAAUGUAAAGUCAAGGGGCUUUACAAUCUGUACAGCAAACAACAUCUUCUAUCCUUAGACCCUCGACUCGUGUUAGGAACAACUCCCAGGCUGUAAUCUUGCCCUUCAUUCUUCUCUCUGCAACAAGCUGCCAAUCUGCCACAGCUUGUUGUACAGAGGGUGGGAAGGAUUAUCCAAGAUGGCUUUAAUUUAGUCCCUCGUUCUCUGCUCUGUCCCUUCUGAAGGGGACUUCAGUGUUGUGAGUCCAGUCCAGGUUUUCGUUGAUUUGGCCCUAAGGUAAUUAUGUGUAUGAGUCCACCCACUUAACCUCGCUCUGGAUGUAACCAGGACAGGGGUUCUCCCGUUCAUCUGGCUUUCCACCACAAGCUCAUUGGUUUUGCUGAUACUGAGCUUCAGGAGAUUGUUGUUGCACAAUGUGAUGAAGCUCUCUAUCAGUCCUCUGUACUUCUCUGUAUUCUUAUUGUUACAGUGUUGUGAAAAUGUGUGUAAAUGUAUGUAUUAUGUUUCUGUCCAUUUGAAACAAAAAGGCUUGGAAUGGUGAAGUGAAAUAAAAAUGUAUUAUACAAUACAAUACAAAGGAAUUCUAUACAAACCCAGUGAGGCACCUGAUCUAGGCAUUACUCCUCCCACCCUGGAACAACAUGGUGGUUGAUAGCUUAGACCCAGAGGGAGUGGUAACAGCGAAACCCGGGAGGACUUUGGCUUCACAACCGCAGUGCCAGUGUUUGCCUUUGCUAACUCAGAGGUCACGUUUCACAUUCAGCAACAAGUGAACAGAUCUUCUUUCUGAGGGCAUGGCCUCCCCCAGUGUUCUCCUGUCAGAGGUGCAGUUUAAGUGUUGCAUCUGUCUGGAGGUUUUCUUUGAGCCGGUCUCCAUCCCCUGCGGUCACAGCUUCUGCUUCACCUGUAUCACAUCACACUGGGACAACAGCCAUGCCGUCAGCUGUCCCAAGUGUCAGACAGCCUUUGAGGGCCGCCCAGAGCUUUGUGAAAACUCCUUCGCCAAGGAAAUGUCAGAGCAGAUCCGAGCAAUAAGGCAGAACGGCGUGAUGUCAAUGGCAGGAAAAUUCAUAUAUUGUGAUGUGUGCGUGGGGAAGCAAACAGAGGCCCUGAAGUCCUGCCUUGUAUGUCUGACCUCAUAUUGUGAGAGUCACCUGGAGCCCCAUCUGAGAGUUGCCACCUUGAAGAUACACAAGCUGAUUGAACCCGUGGCAAUGCUGGAGAACCGGAUGUGUAAAAGGCACCAAAGGCUUCUGGAGUUGUUCUGCAGGAGCGACCAGAGGUGUGUGUGCGUGCUGUGCACAGAGAGCGACCACCGCUGUCAUGACACCGUCCCAGUGGAGCGAGAGAGUAAGGAGAAGAAGGCUCAGAUGAAAAGGAUCGAGGCUGAUGUGCAGCAGAUGAUCCAGGACAGACUGCAGAAAGUGGAGGAGAUCAGACACUCGGUGGAGCUCAGCAAAGAAAGCUCAAAGAGAGACAUAGUGGAAAGCACGGAGGUCCUCUGCAUUCUCUUUCGUUCCUUGGAGACACGUCAGGCAAAGCUGGUGGAGAUGAUCCAGAGGAAGCAGGCAGCAGCAGAGCAGAGGGCGGAGAGGCUCAUCACAGAGCUGGAGCUGGAAAUCACUGAGCUGGAGAGGAAGAGAAGAGAAAUGGAGCAGCUUUCUCACACUGAGGACCACCUCAAUCUUCUGCAGAGGUUUCCUGCUCUGAGUUGUCCUUCAUCUGUCAAAGCCUGCACUGACAUCAUCGUCCAUACAGACACAUGUUUGGGGAUUGUAAGGAGAGAGGUGGCCAACAUUGAACAGCAGCUUCAAUCAGCUUUGAAAAAGCUUUCCAUUCAAGAGCACGAGAAGAUGCAGCAGUAUGCAGUGGAUGUUCAUCUGGACCCCAAGACAGCCAACUCUUGGCUGGUUCUAUCACAGGAUGGGAGACAGGUCUGGGAUGGAGAUGUUGAACAGAACCUGCUGGACAUACCAGAGCGUUUUGACAGGGCACCAUGUGUCCUUGCCACAAGGGGUUUCACCAGUGGGAGGCACUACUGGGAGGUAGACGUGGGAGAUAAAACAGCGUGGGACUUGGGUGUGGCUCGACAGUCGAUCAACAGGAAAGGUGUGGUCACACUGAGUCCAGAGGACGGUUAUUGGACUAUUUGCUUGAGGAAGGGCAGUGAGUACCGGGCAUGUGCAGGACAGGCAGAACGUCUGUGUCUCUCUCAGAGGCCCCAGGUUGUUGGGGUGUUUUUGGAUUACGAGGACGGCACGAUGUCCUUCUAUGAUGCAGAUGCCAAGUCACACAUCUAUUCCUUCACACAGCUCCAGUUCACCGAGGCCAUGUUUCCCUUUUUUAACCCAGAUAUGUGUGACAGCGGCAGCAACACAUCACCACUUAUUGUCCGCCCGCUCAGUGGAGUCAAUGGAAGCAGGGAUUUAGAUGACAUUACAAUAUGAUGCGAAAUGUAUAUUUACUGUCUGUUUAUAUGUCAUGGUAUUUUAUUUCAAACAUAAUAUAUAUAUAAUAUAUAAAACUGUUCUCUCUGUUGAUGUGAACACUUUUUUUUUAAAUGAAAGAAUUUGUGCUCAGUUGACAACAAUAACUUUCACAUAUGGAUCAUACAUAACCAUUCUGACUUGCCCCACUCCCCCAAUAAACUGAUGUAUCUGUUGUAUAUGCUUACCUCUCCUCCUCCUCUUUCUUCUUCCCUUCAUCUGUGCUCACUACAGAUCUUAGACCUGCCUUACUUCAAUAAUAACCAUGCUCCGUCAUCACAGACCAACCACACAACUGACUCCAGAACACCUCUUAGAUUGUACAGUUUGACAACUGCUAAUCAGAUUAGGACAUGGAUAGGAUUAGCCUCAAGGCAGAUGGAGCGCUGAGACAGUUUCAGGAUUUAGCCCUUGGUGGAGGCAUUAUGCACACACAGAGUACUGCACACUCACAGGUAUGUCGUGGAACUAAAUGCAUGCACACAAACACAGUGAUUGCAAGUAACUAUUUAACACUCUGGUGAGUUCCUUAAAGAAUUAGGAAAUAUAUAAAGAGAGAGCUAAAAGGUGUCGGGGAAGGAAUAUGAGAUGAAGAGGGAUUAAAACCGCUAUCAUUCAAGCUCAGGGCGGAGACUCAUGUAGAGAGCUUACAUGUUGCACUUUAGUCCAUACUGAAGCAAGAACACUCCUUAUAAACCUCUUUGGAUGGCCGACAGACAAGGGUAAGUCAAAUAGCAUGUUAAUAUAGUUUUCUAUGUUGAUGUCGGUUACUGUAGGAAGGAAUAUCAAAAUGUAAACCAAUGUCCUACCAGUAGGAUCCCUGGCAUUCACUAAUUGUGCAGCAAUGUAGAUUUUAAAACGGCAAACACGUUUGGGAAUUGCCAUAUUUUGCU